AUGCGCUUCUCUACGAGCCUGCUGCCAAUCUCCUUUGCCGCCUUGAUCCCCUCGGUCUCGGCUGGCUUCCACCUGUUCCUCCGCUACCAGAACCUCUGCGACGUUGAAUGCAAUAAGAAAAGUGGAGUGUGCUGGCCUAAACACUUUGUGGAAUGGCGAGUCGGUGCGGUGCCCUCCUCGCAGUACGGCUGCGAUGCUUUCAGGGAUGACCGCAACUUCCCGCAUGUACUGCCGCAGUUCGGACAGGGGUUUAGCUGGAGCGGGUACAACCACCCCGGCGUAUGCGGGACCGCUUCGGUUGACUUCUGGGUCACCAACAACGGCGAGAACCUCGAGGUGUGGAUUCACGGGGCAGAUCCGGGACAAAAGGUGGCGACGUGCUACAAGCAGCAUGGCGAUAGGAUCGACUGCGGACGUGAUUCUUGUUACACUACGCAAGUGAAUGAUGUCUGGGUGUGCGCAGAAACCGACUUGUGUGGGUAGAGGUGGCUUCGAGAUGUGGACACGGAUGUUCACUGGAACAAUGUUUCCUCUCGUCUAGAUGAUGGUGAUUUCGGAGCCUAGGGGUUCUUUGGUAUGAUAUAAGGAUUACGUAUGCAUCAUUUACUUGUAAUUAUUCAAUGUGUUGCUUCCUGGGCAUGAUUGUAGUAAAGUCGGUGAGGCGAGAGAGGCAAGGAGAGGCAAGGAGAGGCAAGGAGAGGCAAGG